AUGGUUUCAUCAGGAAUCCUGGAGUUUAUCAGCCUGGCUGUGGGGCUGAUCAGCAUCCGGGGAGUGGACUCUGGCCUGUACCUAGGAAUGAAUGAGCGAGGAGAGCUAUAUGGGUCGAAGAAACUCACACGUGAAUGUGUUUUCCGGGAACAGUUUGAAGAAAACUGGUACAACACCUAUGCCUCCACCUUGUACAAACACUCAGACUCGGAGAGACAGUAUUAUGUGGCCCUGAAUAAAGACGGCUCACCCCGGGAGGGAUACAGGACUAAGCGACACCAGAAAUUCACUCACUUUUUACCCAGGCCAGUGGAUCCUUCUAAGUUGCCUUCCAUGUCCAGAGACCUCUUCCGCUAUAGGUAAUGGACCCUUCACAGUGUGACCUCUGUGACCCAUGUACUCUGGGGCCACAGUUGUCUCUGC